AUGGUGCAGCUCGGGGGCGGCCGCCGAGCCCCACCGCCGGCCCCGGCCGCGCCGCCGGCCUUCAGCAUCGACAGCAUCCUCCAGCCCGGCCCCCGCCGCCCGGACCGGGAGCAGGGCAGAGCCCGCUGCACGCUGCCGGAGGAGGAGGAAGAGGGGCCUGCGGAGCAAGACCCCAGUAAAGGCUCCGGCAACUCGGGCAGCGAGCCCCGCCGGCUCCGGGCGGAGGGGACGAGCCGUGGCCUCCGCCCGGAGGCCGAGGACGGCGGCGUGGGCUCCCCGCUCCCCGCGGAGGGGCUGCGCGGCCCCCGGCAGGCGCCGCCGCGGGAGGCCGGGAGCUGCGGCGGGGAGAGCGGCAGGUCGUCGUCGUCGGGCAGCAGGAAGAAGACGCGGACCAUCUUCUCCAAGAGCCAGGUCUUCCAGCUGGAGUCCACCUUCGACGUGAAGCGCUACCUGAGCAGCGCCGAGCGGGCCGGGCUGGCGGCCGCGCUGCACCUCACCGAGACCCAGGUGAAGAUCUGGUUCCAGAACCGCCGCAACAAGCUCAAGAGACAGAUGUCGGCCGAGCCCGAGGGCCCGGGGCCGGCGGAGCCCUCCGGGGAGCCGCCGCCUCCCGCCGCCUCCGCGGCUCUCUCCUUCCCGACCCUUCACAAGGACAGCACCCUGCUCAGCCGCUGCUUGCUGCCGCUGCCCUUCCCUCUGCUCUACCCGGGCAGCGCCAUCCCCUACCUCUGCCUCCCCGGGCCGGGCAAACACUUCAGCCUGGUGGACGGGGACGUAUAGCCUCUCCCCCCGGCCCCCGACCGUCCUCCUGCCGGGGGCCGCCCCGAUGUUAUUUAUGCCCCCCCCGUGUCGGUGGGGUGUCCGCCUUCGCCACAGCCGGCGGCAGCCGCUCCCCGGCCCACGGAGGGGCCGCCCGGGCUCCCCCCACUCGUGUCCGUGGGCCGCCGACACGUUGUUAAAGCUUCAAAGGGCGCUGCUAGCCCGCCCUCGCUCUUGCAGCGCUUUUUGGCUGGUCAGGACGGAGGAGAUAACACGGAGCCAUCAAAGAAACCGGGAUGUGUUCGGCCUCCCUCCCACAUUAUCCCGUGCCCGUAUUUGAGAGGAGCCGAUGCUCUGCCUCAGCCCACGGGGACUGUGUCCCCGCCUCUGCCCCGGCGUCGUGGCCAUCGCUGUACCAUGAACCGAGUCACUUUUAAUACAACUUUCUAAAAGCGAAGGCCGCGAUGUGCUCCUCUGUCUCGAACUUUCCACCUCUAAUAUCCCUCAGAUUAACUUCUCCCCAUCUUUGACAUUACCAAAAUGUAGACACCUUUCUUCAGAUCUGGUUCUUAAACUGUGGUUUCUCUGAACUUUUUUCCCCUCCUGAAAAAUUCCAAGCUCUCUCUCACACUUUUUGUGCUAACUGGUUCUAAAACUGUGGCUCGUCCGAUGUUUUUGCAGAACAAGACAAGCUGUCUCUCAUACUUCUUGUGCUAACCCCGCUCCCCGAAAUCUCGUGGGACAAUUUUAUCUGCUAUCCUAGAGUAAAGAAGUGUUAUUUUUUUUUCAUAGAUUUUCAAACGCAUUUGUCGUCCUUUG